AUGACGUUACCGAAGCCCAGAAGAACAACCUACGCCACAUCCGCGAGAGUUGUCGAACAUCGGGACAUUCUUAAUUGGUUGACUUCAGUCGAUAUUGCUGCCCAACAGUCAGACUUCAUCGGCCGACGUCAAGCAGGGACAGGCCGAUGGCUCAUUGAUUCGCCUGAAUACGCCAAAUGGAAAGCAACAAAGGGCGACGCGCUUUUCUGCCAUGGAAUCCCUGGAGCGGGCAAGACUAUCCUGUCAUCGAUUGUGGUGGACGACUUGCAAGAGACAUUCUGCACCGAUAAGGAUGUUGCAGUGUGCUAUUUUUAUUGUGAUUUCAAGCGUCCGGAUGAACAAAGGCCUAAGAACGUCAUCUUGAGUUUUCUCAAACAGCUGGCCCAAGCUGCUGCGGCGUUGCCCGAAUGUGUGAAGGACUUAUAUAAUCAGUGCCGGGCAAAACGUAGGCCGCCAAGCCUCGAGGAAGCAACCAAGACACUUCGUUCCGUUGCUGGAUUUUUUACAAGGAUCUUCGUCGUCGUCGAUGCACUUGAUGAAUGCCGAACAUCCGACGGCUCCCAGGGCGAGCUCAUAUCGGAGUUGAUCGAGCUUCAACGCAUCACUAGUGCCAACAUACUAGCAACUUCUCGACCAGUGCCGCAUAUUGUGGAAAAGUUUCGGGACUUCGUUUCAUUGGAGAUCCGUGCCAGUAGAGGCGAUAUCAAGAAAUACGUCGAUGGGAACGGACAUAAACUCCCGCGCUUUGUUAGUCGCAGUCCAGAGCUGCUAGAUGAGAUUGUGGACGGUAUUGUUGAAGGUGUUGAUGGAAUGUUCUUACUUGCGAAGCUUCACCUUAACUCUCUGGAAAACAAGAAAUCACUAAGAGCGCUCCGGAAAACCUUAACAACAUUGACCAAAGGAAGUGAUGUGUAUACUGAAGCAUAUCAAAACACAAUGGAACGCAUUCGCAAUCAACCGAAGGACCAAGAGGAGAUCGCCAUCCAGACAUUGAUGUGGAUCGUCCACGCAAGAAGACCCUUGACAACAAUUGAGCUUCAACAUGCGCUCAGUGUAGAAGUCGGCGAGCUAGAAUUCCUAGAAGAUAACAUUCCAGACCUCCAAGACAUGGUUUCGGCCUGUUGUGGGUUAGUCACCGUCGAUGAAGAGAGCAAUCUUAUUCGACUGGUUCAUUACACGACGCAAGAGUUUUUCGAAAGACAAGGGGUCUAUUUUUUUCCAGAUGCGCAAACUGAAAUCACGAAUACGUGUGUGACUUACCUUUCGUUUAACACAUUCAGUAAUGGCCCGUGCCAACAACACCACGAGUUUGAACAAAGAAUGGCUCAAUCCCCUCUCUAUGAAUAUUCAAGUCGUUAUUGGGGCCAUCACGCAAAAGGCUCUAAAGACUACAAGAUAGUCCAAGAAUUCCUUGAGCGAACAAACCAAACGCAAGCAGCUAGCCAGCCAUUGUUUGUUGAUGAGAUUGCGUGGAAAUACUUCGGCGAGAAUCCUCCAUCUCAAGUGACCGCACUUCACCUGGCUGCCUAUUUUGGCUUAAGUGCUCAGGCCGACAGCCCGGAUGGAUAUGGACAGACGCCGCUAUCGUGGGCAGCUGAAAACGGGCACGAAAGCGUAAUACGCUUACUUCUCACAAAUGGUGCUCAGGCCGACAGCCUAGACACUAGAUACGGCCGGACGCCGCUAUUGUGGGCAGCCAUAAACGGGCACGAAGUCGUAAUACGCUUACUUCUCACGCAAGGCGCUCGGGCCGAUAGCCUAGACACUAGAUACGGCCGGACGCCGCUAUCGUGGGCAGCCGUAAACGGGCACGAAGGCGUAGUGCGCUUACUUCUCGCGCAAGGUGCUCAGGCUGACAGUCCGGAUAAUGACGACCAGACGCCGCUAUCGUGGGCAGCUGCAAAAGGGCACGAAAGCGUAAUACGCUUACUUCUCACAAAUGCUGCAAAAGGGCACGAAAGCGUAAUACGCUUACUUCUCACAAAUGGUGCUCAGGCCGACAGCCCGGAUAGAUACGGACGGACGCCGCUAUCUCCGGAUAAUGAUGACCGGACGCCGCUAUCGUGGGCAGCCGCAAACGAGCACGAAAGCAUAAUACGCUUACUUCUCACGCAAGGCGCUCAGGCCGACAGCCUAGACACUAGAUACGGCCGGACGCCGCUAUCGUGGGCAGCUGCAAAAGGGCACGAAAGUGUAAUACGCUUACUUCUCACAAAUGGUGCUCAGGCCGACAGCCCGGAUAGAUACGGACGGACGCCGCUAUCGUGGGCAGCCGCAAAAGGGCACGAAAGCGUAAUACGCUUACUUCUCACGCAAGGCGCCCAGGCCGACAGCCUAGACACUAGAUACGGCCGGACGCCGCUAUCGACUACUAUGGUUCAAGUCUGGUAUCCAUCGCUGCGCGCCUCGGCUAUGCAGCUAUCAUUCGACAACUCACCAAAGUACCUGGCAUCGACGCCGUCUCUGUAG